UUGAAAUUUUGUUGUGACAGAUACAUCAUUUUACAAAUUUACCAAUUAACCUGCAUUAAUACCAAAAUUAUAUAUAUGUUAACAAUAGCUGAAAGCGCGUGAGGGCGCGGGCGAGCGUCAGCUCAAGAGCCCGCGCCCGCAGCAACUCCUGCGGCGGAGCGUUUAGCGGGGCGUGUGGCGGAGCGAGUGGCGAGCUGCCAUGGCGCACCUGGACCAAUUCCCGAUGUUCCGGUUCGCCACGCUGCUGGCUCGUCAGAUGAGCUCCCCCAUCGCAAAUAGACUCAAGACGUACGCUCGCGAUCACCCGCGGUUCGGGCAGGCGGUGUGCGCGCGCGUCGGGCGCUGGUACCGCGCGGGCGAGCUGCGCUUCAAGAUGUGGACGCUGCAGCUGACGGGGCCGCGCGCGCCCGUCGUCGUCUCCGACCGGGAGGCCAUCGACAUCGGCACCGAUCUACUUGGGGAGAUCAUCAUAUUUACUCUCGGCGCCUUGAUCGUCAUAUUCGAAGUGAACCGCCAGGCGAUGAAGCAAGAAGCCAAGAAAUUGGAUAAAAAAUCCCGCUGGGUGGCAAUAAAUAUGUCUCUGGAGGAGCUGAAAAUAGAGCUGGAGAUCCAGCAGAAAGAAAUCGACCUCCUCCUGGCCGCCAUCCGCAGCCUAGACCCGGACGUGCCGCUGCCGCAGCCGUCCUCGCUCGCCAAGCCGCUGCCGCAUGAGCCCGCAGCGGAGCCGAUGCCGCAUGAGCCCGCAGCGGAGCCGAUGCCACCCUCGUCUUCUCUAAUGAAACCUUUGCCUCAACCUGUUCCUGGAACAGACCCUGCAAUACCUUCGAAACAUCUAAAUGCGUUACCAGUGCCAGAUUCAUCUACACCAACGUCAGCACCCGAAUUCCCUCGUCCCGCGCCCCAAGUGGUUCAUCCACCAGGCUGUACAUGCGUGCCACCCACGCCUCCCCCUCCUCCCAAAGUCCUCUGUCCUCCAGAGCCACCGCCUCCCUGUAAGCCCCACUGGCAUCCGAAACCACCUCCACCCACUGCUUGUGGCUGACAAUGAAACACUGUAAGCAGAUAGAUUCCCAAGCCAUCGUUUUCGUCGAUGGUCCUGACGCGGAAGUCUCAAAUAGUUAAGUUCGAAACAAAGUUGAGGCUUUUAUCUCAUGGCCAACUGUAUCACUUAAAAUAAUGCUUCAUUCAUUUAUUACAAAACUAAAAUUGUCAGGAGAUAACAAUAAUGUUGAUAUGCAAGUUAUUGAAUUUUUUUUUCUCAGAUUUUCGUCAACAGUUACCUAAAUAAAAUCCUUUUUCCCAUGGUAAGCUUAUUUCGAGCACUUUUAUGUAACUUGAAUGUAAUUAUUUCUAUACAUAUAUUGUUGCAUGUUCCCGGGGCUUUACUUCCGUGGGAAUUUUGGGACCGUAGGUAUUUGGGAUAACGUAGGUGCGACUCCAAGUUAUUGUUAUCCGACUGCCAAGUUUCUUCGAAAUCCGUCCAGUAGAGUAUUCGUAAUUGAGUAAUAAAAUAUCCUUACAAACACUUCGCAACCAAGAUUUCGUAUUAUACAUAUAUACUUAUUACAAGUAUGUAGAAUUUCUAAGAUUUCAACUCGACAAAAAAUCUAAGAUUCUUGUAAGAAUGGAAAGUAUGAUAUUAAUAGAUCAAUUAGCCCACAUUUUUUCCCAUCGUAAAUAUUGAUAUGACAGCCGCGAGAGGAACCACGUUAUCUGCCUAAUGAGGGUCACGCUGUUUUGCCAGUCCAUCCCCAAAACCCGAUUCGGAGCUAUGGCCUAAUUUAAUUCAUGGCAGAGAUAACGGGUGUCAUGAAUCCUAACAUAUGAUAAAUUGAAGGUUGCAACGUGGGCUUGCAGCUUGUAAACCUAUAUUGAGGGAUCGGAGCAAACCUAUCGCACCCUGAAUUCCAGUCCCAUUGAAGUAUUUCACCGUUUACCAUUUGACAUUUGAAUUUUUUGAGAACAAAAGAUAAUUAAUAUAAGACCUGUAGAAAUAAUAGUUUAAGGCAGAGAAGCACUUGUAAUAAAGCAGCGUUAUUUCAAUUUAGUUCGUUCCUGUCUCUCAUUAAAACCAUGCAAGUCUUUAGACGAGGUUCAUUAUAAGAAUGCAGUUUUGUGCGUCUGCCCCGAGCCUGCGUCGCGGUUUAAUGAGCGCCGCAGGCCUCGCUAGCGAUGCUUCAGUUCACACAGAACGAAUAUAGGCAUAAAACUUAAAUUGUUGCUCCCAAAACAAUAAACAGCAACGCAUCGCUUUUUCAUUUGCUGAAAUACUACGCUUACACCGCUAUAUUUUCUUUCCAUUGCACUGUCAGGUAAAAUAAAUAUAUAAACGAUUUGUAGCAAGGCAGCAAUGAAUGCAAAAUAUGAAGAUUUUCAGAAGAACGUUGCGGGUAGAGUCGAGGCGGCUGAUUGCGUCCGGCCGUCACAAUGCGCCAUUGUAGCGCGCAUUUUGAAAAGAGAAAUAAAUAAGAGUACAAAAGAAGACGUUCUCUUGGUAUAAUGAGGACGGCGCGGAUGCGAAUAAUUUUGUCGCGCGACGAGUUGACACAUCGCUCGAUUAGUCAACACACUAAGAUAACAGGCAAAUUAUGGAAAAUUCACGGAAAAUUGCAAGAAAAGUUGCAAUUUCUCUACAUUGAGUUAUAUAUUGUUUACAUUCUCAUGUACAGCUGACACCAGUGUUAGCAAUAAAAUGCCAUAUUUCUUAUCGAGAGAAGAUGCUUAGCAGGACAGUUUAAAAUCAGAAUCUCUGGCUUUUCUGCUACCUAUCGCCACGCACCGACAAUAUUUAUCCAGCAGGUGUGUGCGUGCCGCCAGCUCCGGCGCCGGACUGCCACACGAACAAGCUGUUAUUUGAAGCAAUUGCAAAUUCAAAUUCAAAAUUCUUUAUUCAAUUUAGGAUGAUAUACAUCACUUAUUGACGUCAAAAAUUACUUAAACUAAGUCUACUGCCGGCUUCCAAAGCGCAGGUGAAGAAGAAGCGGCGCAAAAUAUAUAUACA